GUACCGGAAGCGACAGUUGCCAUGGAGUCCGCGGAGGACUGGCUGGUGGAAUCCUUGCGCUUGUACCAGGAUUUCCAUGCAUUCGACCUCUCGGGAGCCACUCGAGUCCUUGAAUGGAUGGGCGACAAAGGAAUCUUGGUUGCUGGCUAUGAAAGCCUGAAAAAAAAUGAGAUUCUUCAUCUGAUAUUACCUCUUAGACUUUCUGUAAAAGAAAACCAGGGCUUAUUUCCAGAAAGAGAUUUCAAGGUACGCCAUGGAGGAUUUUCAGACAGAUCUGUCUUUGCUCUGAAGCACGUGCCAGACACCAGGUUGCUGGUGACCAGUGGCCUUCCCGGUUGUUACCUGCAGGUGUGGCAGGUCGCAGAGGACACUGAUGUCAUUAAAGCUGUUAGCACCAUUGACGUGCAUGAGACUGAGGGGAGCCUCUGGUCCAGGGUGGCCAUCUUCUCAUCAGCGGCGCCCGGAGUCCUGCACGGUGUGAGGCUCAGCAGUCUGAAGGUGGUGGACCUGGAGUCACAGAAGACCACGUACACCUCAGGUGUCGGUGACAGCGAGUUGCUGAGUAGCCUGCAGGUCCUGGACGCAGACACCUUUGCCUUCUGCUGCACCUCGGGCCGCCUAGGGCUCGUCGACACCCGCCAGAAGUGGGCACCGGCAGAGUACCUCGGCCCCAGCCCCGGGUCCGCGGGAGGGAGGUGGUGUGCAGCAGCUGGGGGCCGGGGCCCUGGGCCCAGCAUUGCCAGCCUUGGCUCAGAUGGGCAGCUCUGCCUUCUGGACCCCCGGGAUCUCUGCCAUCCUGUGAGCUCAGUCCAGUGCCCAGUGUCCACGCCUAGCCCGGACCCAGAGCUGCUGCAAGUGACUUGGGCUCCAGGCCUGGACCUCUGCUUGGCCAUUUCAGGUUUUGAUGGGACGGUCCAGGUCUAUGACGUCACAUCUUGGGAUGGAAUGUGGGGCCGAGUAGAUCCUCUCUUCACUCACAGAGGUCAUAUCUUCCUAGAUGACAAUGGAGUAGACACUGCUCCACUAGUCACCACCCAUACCUGGCACCCAGACAAACCAAGGACCCUGUUAUCGGCAGCGAGUGAUGCCUCUCUGCACGUGUGGGACUGGGUAGACCUCCGUGCUUCCUGCUGACACCAGCAUCUUUCAGCCCAGGCCUGAGGAAGAGGAAGGGCUGCUGUACAGCAAGGAUGCUGAUUUAGGAUUCAGCUGACCACAGGGCCCUGUUACCAGCUGAGUGGCCAUGGGCAAGUCAACCAGCCUCUCUGCCCCAGUUUCUUUAUUUGUAAAAUGAGAAUGGUAAUAACUGCCUCGCAGGGUUGUUAGGAAAGCUGGAAGUAAUGUAUUAAAGGGUAACUGAUGGGCUACAAGGCACAGUCAGUAUUUGGUAGCUGCUGUUACAUCUGGGAGCCACACUUCCCCCUCGGUGUCAGACGGCAGUGUCUGACUCUGUCCGCAUUCACAGUGUCACAGUGACACUCUAGAGAGAUGUUGAAUGUAAACAGGUUUUGUGAACUUUUUUACAGAAUGAAAAAUGUAUAAGGGCAAAUAAACAUGAAAAAAAAGUUAAUCCCAGUAGCAGUGAAGGAAAUAGCAAUUAAAACAAGAUGAUACCAUUUCUGCCUACUAAACUGCCAAAUUUCAAUACACUUGCUUUGAGCAGCUGAGAGAGGUUACAUGGCACACAGUUCAGAGCAGCUUGGCUCUUCGUCCCAGCUGCAUGCUGUACCAGUGUUCAGCUGAACCAUGGUUACAUGUCCAGGUUCCUGUCAAAUGGCAAUUAGAAUUUUCUAAUUUUCUGCAGUCACAAGGAGUGUGAGCAGAUUUAUAUCCAUGAACAAUAUGUCUGUAGGAUACAUUUCUAAAACUAAGAUUGCUAAGGCAGAAACUGUGUGCGGUUUUAGGCUUUAUAAGUACUGUCCAAGUGCCUCCGUAGAGAUCGUGCCCCUUUGUGAUAGCGACAGUGAUGGCAGGCCUGUUUCUCUCCUCUCUCCAGCAGUCUUCUUAGUGGCUUUUUGACCUUUGCCGGUCUGAUAAAUGAAAAAUCAUUAUUUGUACCUUUUAGUCUGCAUUUCUCUUAUGUGAGAAGUUGAGACUCUUCCUUUAUUUAAAAGUUUGGGAGCAACUGUGUUUCAAGGUGAUAACAGUCGGGGUCGGGAGCCAGGCAUUCUCCUCAGUACUACCUGAGGCCCCGGGAGUUCAGGCAGAGACUGGCCGCCCUCCUCUCGGGUGGGUCUCAACAUACAGUUAAUUUUGAAAAUACAUAUGCAUUGAUUCAGAUAAACUUUUUUUAGUAGGAAAUCCUGAAUUAUCCAAAAAGAAAGAGAAACUGUUCAAGGAGUAACACCAGAAAGGAUAUUGGGGGGUGGGACAAUUAUGUAAAUACAUUUUUUUCAAAUUUUUAAAGAACAGAAAAUUCCUAUGCUGUAGAGACUAUUUCAUAUUUAAAAAUCUAGAAAAUCACUUUAUGAAGGUACUAUAAUUAAAAUACCAAAACUUGGCCAAGAAACUGUGUGCUCACUCACUCACACAGUCUCUCAGGCUUGGGUAUUCAUACUAGACCAUGGCCCUCAAGACUAUCAGCCCAGCAUUCCUUUUAUAACCAAUAUUUUGAACACCCCCUUUACUAACCGGAAAUAGAAUUUCACAGGAAACAUUCACUAUUUGAAAACCUAAUAUCAAAAUCACUAUAAAAUACAAGGAAAUAAAAUACAAAAGUUUAUGCAUUUCAGUAUAUUAAUGUUCAUUCUUUUGCAUAACGAGGUAAUCAGAUGCUUGCACUGUAUGUAGUAAAGUCAAGAGCAGGGCAUAGACCCAUACAGGUGUGCUGUAGUCAUGAGCCACACACCAAAGAGUCAGUGACAUGAUUUUUCUCAACUGGUGAACAACUCUUUGGAAAGUUCUAAAUAUAAGAAUGUACUGUUUUCUUCAGCUUUAUACAGUAGUUGUGUUUCUGGGAAAUUCAAGUAUAUUAAACCUGUGCAAAACUUUCCUCCUGUACAUGUAAAGUUAGGUUCUAGGCUCACGUAAUUAUAAACAGGUUUCCCCCUACAUCAGGGGUUCUCAAACUUUAAUGGGCAUCAGAAUCACCUGGAGGACUGGUUAAAACACAGAUUGCUGGGCUCCACUCCCAGUUUCUGAUCAGUAACUGAGUGUUAGCCAGGGUUUAGUGCGAGAAGCAGACCAGUAGGAGUUAUUACACACACACUUGACCAGAGGGGAUUACUUGUGGGAGCUGGGCCAGCAGUCUCUGCAAGGCUGCUGUCUUCCCAUCCUCUGCUGGAGCUUGGCAGCUGGGAGGGAAGGGGUGAGCAAGGACCAGCUGGAACCUGUCAAUUCCUGUGGUCUCCAGUCUUGAUGCAGGUCACCUGUGAGAAAAGCCGGUCCCAUUCACCACGGAGCUAAACACGCCCCUGGCCUAGGGGUGGAAUAAGCUUAAGGAAGAUCUGGGGAAGAUGGAGUAGCCGCAGGCAGAUAAGCAACCACCCGCGUGAGUCACAGACGCACCUGCCCCGUCACCCAGCAGGAAACCACAAGGGCUGCGGCUUCCCUCCCACCCUCCGAGGCUCACUCAGAAGUGUCUCUCGUGGCCCCUUCUACCUGCAAACACACAGAGGAAUGACUUCUGGGGAAUGUGGUUCCACCUUGCCAAGUCACCACAUUAAAAGGCCACCUCAAGCUUGAGGGUGGGGCUUGAGAAUUCGCAUUUCGGUCAAGCUCCCAGGUGAUGCUCAUGCUGCAAGUCUGUGGACCGUGCUGAGAAUCACUGCCCUACAUGCGCGCCCGGCAGGACCGCCUCGGCCACUGCACUUCAUCUGUGUGCUGCAGAUUUAGUGACAACCACAAAUCCUCACCUCCAAUUUCCAAAGUGCUUCUUUGAGAACAGUCACAUUCCACAGGCAUGUGGAAAGUGGGGGUCUCUCAGCAGUUCCAGGAAGAUGCCCCAGAGAACCCCAAAGGGACCAAAAAGAAAAUCAGCUAUUCACCUUGACGUCAGCACAGGAUCCUCUCCAGUCCAGCUGUGAGUGGGGAGAGAGGAGACUCGGAAGCAUGGAACACAGAAAGUUCAGGAACUGUUUUGGCCUCACAAAGAUUCAAGUAUAAGAGAAAGACUAAGUGGCUAUUUGGAGAGGAUGAGAGAGGAGGAAGCAAGAAACCUAGCAAACAGCGAUGCAGAGAGGGUGAGUCAGUUUGGCGCAGCUCUUGCACGUGUGUGAACUCAGGAGGAUGUGUUCCAGAGCAGAAUAUGUCAAGAACUGAUUAUGGCUGUGUUGAAGAGAAGUGAAGGGAGAAGGUCGUGUCCUCUGAGGGUGGAGCAAAGUUAUCCAAGCAGUCUCUCAGCCACGCCAUCAGGACCUGUUGACUCGCCGGCUGGCCCCGGCAAGUGGCACCCAAACAGGGACCUGAAUUGGCGUUGUGGGCUGUGACGACCGCCGCCGAAAAAGAGAGGUGAGUACUCCGGAGUCUUCGUAUUAAGAAAUUAAAAUUAACAGAGAAACUGUUGUCGGCGGGGAGAGUAUAUCGAGAGUAAAAUGGGGCAAAGUAGUAGUAGGGGUUUAUUUGUACAAAUGUUAAAAAUGAUGCUACGAGAAAGGGGAAUUCAGGUUACUAAACAAAGACUGUAGCAAUUUUUAAUGUUCGUAGAAGAGGUCUGCCCUUGGUUUCCAGAACAAGGGACUGUAAAUUUGGAAACAUGGAAAAAGGUUGGGGUAAAGUUACAUGAUUUUUAUACAGCCCAUGGCCCCAAUAAAGUUCCAGCCGAUGCUUUUCCUCUUUGGCAAUUGAUUAGAGAUUGUUUAAAUCCUGCACCUGAAGGAGAAAAAAUGAGAAAUAUUAAAAGAGAAGAAAAAGAAAUAGAGUGUACUCCAUCUGCACCUCCAGAGCCUCUUGAUGAGGAGGUAAAAAAUGAUAAAUUGUCUGUUUCUCAGGGUUUGCCACCCGCUGACCCGUAUGACUCUGAGUUAGAUCCUGCAGAUCAAGCAAAAUUAGAAGAGCAAGCUGCUCGUUAUCAUCAUGAUGAUCCUUGGGGAAUUUUUCUUAAUGUAGAACAAAAUAAAUUUGACUUUUCUAAACUUAAGGAUUUAAUUACUGAUUGCAUACGACAAAAUAAAAUGGAAGAAAAGUCUAAUGUUAAUUCUUUACUUCCCCCUCCUUUGCCUCCACUUCCCAGUUAUUCUCCUUCUAUUAUUGCCGGCUUAGAUCCACCUCCAGUAAAUAAUAUUUUAACAACGUCUUCAGGAGAAAAGGCAACAAUGGAAAUUUUGAGUCUUCUACAAAAGGCUUUAUGGCAGGCUAAUAAAGAGGGAGAGGUUCUCCCCGGUUUUCAAACAAUGUACCCAGUUUUUGAGAAUGCUCAACAGCAACGCUAUUAUGAACCCAUACCUUUUAAACAGCUGAAAGAACUAAAGAUAGCCUGUGCCCAAUAUGGGCCUACAGCUCCUUUCACACAGGCUAUAAUAGAAUGUUUAGGAAAUCAGUUUUUGCCUCCUAAUGAUUGGAAGCAAGUAGCUCGAGCAUGCCUUUCAGGAGGUAAUUAUUUGCUCUGAAAAUCUGAGUUUUAUGAGAAUUGUGCUGCUACUGCUGCUCUUAACCAUCAGCAGAAUAUUCAAAUUUCUCUUAAAAUGAUGACAGGAGAGGGACAAUAUAAGGAUACUAAUUCUCAACUUACUUAUCUUCCCGGAGCUUAUCCUCAAAUAAAUGAAGCUGCCUUGAAGGCAUGGAAAAAAUUACCAAAUUCAGAAAAUAAGACUGAGGAUUUGUCAAAAGUGCGACAGGGUCCUGAUGAGCCUUAUCAGGACUUUGUUGCUCGACUAAUGGAAACAAUUGGGAAAAUUAUAGGAGAUGAACAGGCUGGUAUGGUAUUAGCAAAACAGCUGGCAUAUGAGAAUGCCAAUUCCGCUUGUCAAGCUGCUUUAAGGCCUUAUAAAAAAAAAGUGGGUUUAGCUGAUUAUAUUCGCAUUUGUGCUGACAUUGGACCCUCAUAUGUACAAGGGGUGGCCAUUGCCGCCGCCUUGCAAGGAAAAACUAUGAAAGAAAUUUUGUUUCAGCAAAAUAAAACAAAAAAGGGGUUCCAAGGAACCUCUCGAGUUGCCGGCCCACCUGGUAGUUGUUAUGCUUGUGGACAGAUGGGCCAUAAGGCGAAUCAAUGCCCGAGAAGAAGCCAGCAGCCUGUUGGACAAUCUACAUUAAUUACAGCUCCUGGGACAUGCCCAAAAUGUAAAAAAGGGAAACACUGGGCUAAAGAUUGUAGAUCUAAAACUGAUAUUAACGGUCAGCCUAUUAAUUCGGGAAACUGGGUGAGGGGCCAGCCCCAGGCCCCGAAACAAUGUUAUGGGGCCAUUCAGACUCCUCCAGGAGUCAGUCACAACCCAUUUCUUCCAGGGCAACUAUUACAGACCUCUUCAGAGCUACCGAAGGAAGCGCAGGAUUGGACCUCUGUGCCACCUCCUAUACAGUAUUAACUCCUGAAAUGGGAAUGCAAGCUUUACCUACAGGGAUUUACGGCCCUUUACCUUCUGGCACUAUGGGUCUCUUGUUAGGGCGGAGCAGUACUACUAUAAAAGGGCUACUAGUGGCCCCCGGAGUUAUUGAUGCUGAUUAUGAGGGAGAAAUUAAGGUGAUGGCUCAUUCGCCAAAAACCAUAACUGCUAUUCCAUCAGGUCAGAGAAUUGCUCAAUUAAUUCUAUUACCCACUUUACCUAUGGGAAAAAUUAAGUCUUAUAAAAUAAGAGGUACAUCAGGAUUUGGGUCCUCAGAUUUAUAUUGGGUUCAACAAAUCGGAAGUCAGCGCCCAGAGUUAUGUCUUGAGGUGCAAGGUAAAAACUUUAAAGGGUUUUAGAUACGGGGGCCGACAUAUCAGUUAUAGCUACACAUAAUUGGCCACGAACGUGGCCCAAACAGGUGGCCAUCUCUGCUUUACAAGGUAUAGGACAAACUCAUAAUCUGGAGUAGAGUUCUGCAAUUUUAACCUGGAAAGAUGCUGAAGGGCACUCAGGAACUUUUCAACCAUAUAUUCUGCCCGGUCUGCCAGUAAAUUUAUGGGGCAGAGAUGUUAUGUCACACAUGGGCAUUUUUCUCUAUAGUCCUAAUAAUAUUGUGGCUAAUCAGUUGUUCGCUCAGGGUUUGCUUCCCCAUGAAGGCCUAGGAAAAAACAAUCAAGGCAUUAAGCGUCCGAUAGAAGUACAAAUUAAGAACAAUAGAAAAGGAUUAGGGUAUUUUUAGCAGGGGCCUUUGACUGUCCUGCAACCCAUGCUGACCGGAUUAUUUGGAAAACUGACGAGUCAGUUUGGGUUGAUCAAUGGCCCCUCACUCAAGAAAAAAUUUUUGCCGCAGAACAAUUGGUGCAGGAACAAUUAGAUAGCGGACAUAUAGCUCCUUCUAAUUCACCUUGGAAUUCUCCUAUUUUUGUCAUCAAGAAAAAAUCAGGAAAAUGGAGAUUACUGCAGGACUUAAGAAAAGUGAAUGAAACCAUGGAGCUAAUGGGAGCAUUACAACCUGGACUCCCUAGCCCUAUGGCUAUACCCGAUGGGACUUAUAAAAUUAUUAUAAACCUGAAAGAUUGUUUCUAUACGAUUCCUUUACAUCCUGAUGAUUGUAAACAUUUUGCCUUCAGUGUCCCUUCUAAUAAUUUUAAGAAACCCAUGCGACGAUAUCAUUGGCUUGUUUUACCACAGGGUAUGGCUAACAGUCCUACCUUAUGUCAAAAAUUUGUUGCUACUGCUCUUAAUUCCACUCGAAAACGAUAUCCUGAUGUUUAUAUAAUACAUUAUAUGGAUGAUAUUUUAAUUGCACAUCAAAAUGAAAGAUUUCUUUUAACCGUGUUUGAUCAAAUGCUUCAAUCUUUGAAAAAAUGUGGUUUACAGAUAGCAGACGAAAAAAUUCAACGUUAUUGUCCCUAUGCUUACCUGGGGUUUCGUUUACAUAAACAUACAUUUCAGACUCAAAAAAUUCAAUUACAGAUGGAUUCAUUGCUCACACUUAAUGAUUUUCAAAAAUUAUUGGGAGAUAUAAAUUGGAUACGUUCUUAUUUAAAAUUAACUACUGGAAUGUUGAAACCUUUGUUUGAUAUAUUAAAAGGUGAUUCUGACCCACAAUCCCCUCGACAACUUACAGAGGAAGCUCGUGAAGCAUUACAUUUGGUUGAAGAUGCUAUUGAACAACAACAAAUUUCCUAUUGUGACUAUACUAAAGAAUGGGGGUUACUUAUCUUACCUACAGCCCAUAUGCCUACGGGGGUCUUAUAUCAAAAGUGCACCAAUGUUUUGGAUACAUAUGCAUACUUCUCCUUCUAAGGCUUUGGCUCCAUAUCCUGACUUAAUUUGUUCUCUUAUAGCGAAAGGACGUCGUACCUCUGUUCUUUAUCUAGGACGUGAACCUGCAUAUAUUUGUCUACCAUACACUACUGAGCAACAGACAUGGUUAAAACAAUUUAAUGACUCUUGGGCUAUUGCUUUGACUCAUUUUCCAGGAAAACUUACUACUCAUUACCCUGCUGACAAACUUAUUCAAUUUGCAAAAAUGCAUCCUUUUCUUUUUCCAAAAUGUACAGCUCUUACUCCUCUUCCGUCGGCUGUAAAUGUUUUUACAGAUGGUUCCUCUAAUGGCAUUGCUGCCUAUAAAAUUGAUGAUGAAAUUAUAUCCUGGAAUACUUCUCAAUCUUCAGCACAGGUGGUUGAGCUUCUGGCUGUGCAAGCUGCAUUGUUAGCAGUUCGAAAUUUACCUUGUAACUUGUUUUCUGACGGUCAAUACAUCGUUCAUGCUCUUCAAAUUUUAGAAACUGUCCCUUUUAUAGGCACCGUUAAUACUUACGUUAAUCAGUUGUUUUUCGAUAUACAGCAGCUCCUGCGAUCUCGUCGACAUCCUUGUUAUUUUGGGCAUCUUCGAGCUCAUACGAACCUUCCGGGCCCUUUAGCCUCUGGUAAUGCUCAAGUUGACGAUGCUACUCAAAUUUAUUCUCUUACAGCUUAUCAAUUGGCUCAACAGUCACAUUCCCUGCAUCAUCAAAAUAGUCAUAGUCUGCGUCUACAAUUUAAAAUUCCUCGUGAAGCUGCUCGCCAAAUUGUGAAAUCUUGCAUACGUUGCCCUCAAUUUACUUCUGUUCCUCAUUAUGGCGUAAAUCCUCGAGGGCUCCUUCCUAAUCAUCUAUGGCAAAUGGAUGUAACCCAUAUAAAAGAAUUUCGCAAUACCCCUUAUGUUCAUGUUACCAUUGAUACAUUUUCCGGGUUUCUUCAUGCCACUUUACAAACGGGUGAAGCCAGUAAGCAUUGUAUUGCCCAUGUUCUUAAGUGCCUUGCUAUUAUGGGCCAACCAAAAAUUAUUAAAAUUGAUAAUGGUCCAGGUUAUACUGGCAAAAUGUUUCAAACCUUUUGUGCAAGACUACAAAUUUGUCACAAAACUGGUAUUCCUUAUAAUCCUCAGGGACAAGGCAUUGUUGAACGCAGCCACCAAACACUAAAACAUCAAUUACUUAAAAUAAAAAAGGGGGAAUUAUAUCCCUCCUCUCCACAAAACCAGCUAAAUCAUGCUUUGUUUGUUUUAAAUUUUUUAACUCUCGAUAUUCAAGGGAAAUCUGCGGCACAAUGACUGUGGGGAGCGGUUCCUGCUCGACGCCCUAUGGUAAAAUGGAAGGAUCCUUUUACUAAUGUAUGGGCUGGCCCUGAUCCGGUUUUGAUAUGGGGGAGAGGCCAUGUUUGUGUUUUUCCACAGGAUGCCGAGGCGCCACGCUGGCUCCCGGAAAGGCUGGUACGCGCGACGGAGGAAAUCAGUGAUAAAAGGCAUGAAACAGAUGCAGCUUCAGGACAAGACACCUCUACCGACGACACAGCAAGUCCAGCAAUUGAUCCAACAUGCUAAUCACAUUGCUAAUACUACAGAUCAUCCACAGACAUCAUUAAUGUUCUUAGUAGUUGGCCUGGCUUGCUCCAUCGCUGUUACACCAGUCCCGGGAGCAAGAGGGAACGUCUUUUUAUCUUGGGCACAGUCCUAUGCUGAAUUUUAUAAUUCAUCUGAUUGUUGGGUAUGUAGUGCUAUGCCGCUGUCAGUGGGAAGCCUCCCAUGGUGGGUAGCCCCCUUACAAACAAAAGAUUUUUCAGCAGUUUGUGAUUUUUUAAGGCAACAAAAAGAAAUAUAUUCCAUGCUAAAAUCCCAAAAUGUUUCAGCUCUUGCAUGGUGUUCACAGUCUGAUUGUAACAGUGAGGUUAUAUUUGAUGUUAAUGUAACUAAUAUGGAAGCUAUGGACAUUUACCUUCAUGAACUAAAUUUUACUAAAAAGAAUGGAAAAGGAGGACGCGACAGAACUGUUCGAUUUCAAGAUAAAUUUUAUCAAAUAUGGGACCAAUUUAUGUGGAUGACACCUGAAACUGGACAAUUGAUAAAUUCAGCCGACAUUUGCUGGGAACAAAAGGAACAAAGAUGUGGCUACAAUCAUAUGAACUUAUCCAACAAGGACUGGAGGUAUAUGGGAAAAAUUGCACCAAGAUUAUGUAAACAAAUUGUGGAUGUUACUUUUGAUUGUAAUAAGCCUUUUAGUUGGCCCGGUUCUGAUUGGAAUAACCCUGGUUUACGAUGGUCUGCACCUAAUGGCACUAGAUGGUUGUGUGGAAAAAAUGUUUGGCCUUGGUUACCUGUGGGAUGGGUUGGUCGUUGUACACUUGGUUUUGUCAUGGCUCCGGGAAGGAUUGUGAAAACUGUUGAUAGUGUCCCAGCUAACUUACCCAAUUUGCAUGCUCGCUGGGGAAGAUCUGUAUUUGAUUGGUAUGAUUAUUUGGCAUCUAUAUUUAUACCUCCAUUGGGUAAUAUAGAUAUAAUGACUAAAGUUGAUGCGCUGACCAAUUUUACCCAAAAGGCCCUGUUAGAUGUAAGACGGGCUAUUGAGGAUUUAAAUGAGGAGCAAAAACAAAUGAGAAAAGCUGUUAUACAAAACAGGAUGGCUUUGGAUAUUAUUACUGCUGCACAAGGAGGAACGUGCGCCAUUAUAAAAGUGGAAUGUUGUGUGUUCAUACCUGAUUUAUCUGAGAAUGUAUCCCGAGCUGUUGAAGACAUACAAAGACAAGUUAAGGCGAUGGAUCAUCCUAAAUCACCCCUUUUUUAAUCAAUUUAUAGGAUGGUUUAAGACUGAUUGAUGAAAACAUGCUUUUGUGAUUGUUGUUGUAAUAUUGAUCAUUUUGUGUUGCGGCCCUUGUAUGGUUCAAUGUCUAUCUGAUUUUAUAACUCAACGAAUGCUGAUGUUUACCCAAAUCACUUUUAAAAAAAAAUUAUUAGAAUAACGCCUUUUCCUUGACCUCUCCGUAGCUUAUUAGUCCUAAAAUAAAAAAGGGGGAGCUGCGGGGAGCCACCUCAUAACCUGAGGGCUGAAAGCAAAGACAAAAGGCCUAAAAACCCUAAAGUGCUGGAAGCAAGGCUCUGGGAAUGAUCAAAGAGACAUUCCCUGUCCCGCCACCCCGAGAGUUAAUAAAGAUAUAUAGCCACCAGAUGUUUUUCUUUAAGAUGUUCUGCUUCAGAGAGGUUAAGGAAUUUAGGUAAAUAGGAUCUAGUUUAUGGCCAGAGUGAUAAGGAUCUUAAAAGCUAUAGUUAAAAUGUUUUGCUAGAAAUUGUAAACCUUAAAGAUUGAGACAUUUGUCUUUUACAACUGGACAUGUAGUAAAUUAAUAAAAGUAGAAAUAGUAUAUAAGUAGCUUGAAAAAUAAAGCGGGCAGCAACUUUUAGCCUAGCGUCUUGCAGGCUUGAAGUGCGUCCCUCUUGACCCCA